AUGUGGGGCAGCUCUGGUUUUGUCCCUGAUGACUCUUUUCCUACAGCUCCUUCUCAUCUUCUGCCACUGUCUCCUCUGCUUUUCCGUCUCAGGCUAACGCUCAUCCUGUCCUGCCCUAUGGACUUGAAGAACUUCCCCAUGGACAUACAGACCUGUACUAUGCAGCUCGAGAGCUUCGGUUACACCAUGAACGACCUGAUCUUCGAGUGGCUCUCAGAAAAUCCAGUUCAGGUGGCAGAUGACCUCACACUUCCACAGUUUGUGCUCAAAGAGGAGAAAGACUUAGGUUACUGCACAAAGUACUACAACACCGGUAAAUUUACUUGCAUUGAGGUGAAGUUCCACCUGGAGCGUCAGAUGGGCUACUACCUGAUCCAGAUGUACAUUCCGUCUCUGCUCAUCGUCAUCCUCUCCUGGGUAUCCUUCUGGAUCAACAUGGACGCGGCGCCGGCUCGAGUGGGACUGGGCAUCACCACCGUGCUCACCAUGACAACGCAGAGUUCCGGCUCCAGAGCAUCACUGCCCAAGGUGUCCUAUGUAAAGGCUAUUGACAUCUGGAUGGCCGUGUGCCUCCUGUUUGUGUUCGCCGCCCUGCUGGAGUAUGCUGCUGUCAACUUUGUCUCAAGGCAACACAAGGAGUUCAUCAGGCUAAGGAAAAAGCAGCGGCAGCAAAGAAUAGAAGAGGAACUGGUGCGGGAGAGUCGAGGCUUUUACUUCCGCGGUUAUGGCCUGGGUCACUGCCUGCAGACCAAAGAGGGCACUCCGGUCGAAGGCUCCACCGUGUUCUCCACGCCUCCGCCGCCACCUCCCCCAGUGACCAUCUGCGACGGCGGGAUGGUGCACAAAAGAUUCGUGGAUAGGGCCAAGCGCAUCGACACCAUCUCCAGAGCCGUGUUUCCCUUGAGCUUUCUCAUGUUCAAUAUCUUCUACUGGAUCACCUACAAAGUGCUGCGACAUGAGGACAUCCACGCAAACUUGUAA